GAGAGGAGCCAGAUGAGGUGCCUCGGGCAUCUAGUCCCCAGCCUGGGGAGGUGUCGAGGGCACGUCCGACCAGGAGGAGGCCCUGGGGAAGACCUAGGACAUGUUGGAGAGACUCUGUCUCUCAACUGGCCUGGGAACGUCUCAAGAUCCACCUGGAAGAGCUGGGAGAGGGAAGCCUGGCCUUCUCGUCGUAGGCUGCUGCUCUUUGACCUGGACUCAGGUAUGACAGCAUCAUGGCGACGGAGGCUAAGCGAAGCAGUUUUGAGGGCAACAAGGUGGAAAGUUUUCAGUUGUACCUGCAACACUCAGGCGAGCACGAAUACGUCCUCCAGUUUCUCAUGAAGUACUUGCCAGCAGAAUUCAAAAGAAUUGGAGCAGACAAAAGUGGCCUGGCUGUUCUCGGUGUAGGAAGUGGUGGAGGUGAAGUGGAUGUCCAGAUGCUGUCUCUCAUGCGGUCCACUUUCUCCACUCUUCCCAUCAGUGCUGACAUCGUGGAAGGAAGCACCGAACUGGUUGCCAAAUUCAAAGGAUUGGUAACGAAGACUGAUAACCUUCGGAAGAUUCCAUUCACUUGGGAUAUGAUGCCAAGUGAGGAGUAUAUGCAGAAAACCAAGGGAAGAGGAGACGUGAAGACAUUUGACUUCAUACACAUGAUUCAGAUGCUGUACUAUGUGGACGACCUGACAAAAACAAUCAAAUUCUACCACAGCCUUCUGAAAAACAAUGGCAUGCUCAUGAUCAUCAUAGAAAGCGCAAAUUCUGGCUGGGACACGCUGUGGAGGACUUUCCCAAAAGAGCUGUACAAUGAGACGGCCUUCGUGUUUCGUUCCUCUUCAGACGUCUUGGCCUCCCUGAAGAGUCUGGGUCUGAAAUACGAGGAACGUUUCAUCCCCUACAGCUAUGACGUUACUGAGUGCUUCGAUCCAAACAGCAAGACUGGACAACAUCUGAUUAGUUUCAUGACAGGCAGAGAGAAUUUCUACCAGUCGUUCACACCUCAAGUAAGAGCUGACAUACUAAACCUUCUCAGGAGCAAGUGUAGUACAGAAAAGGAGGGCAAGGUCUUUUUCAACAGUGAAAUGAGCUGUGUAUUUGUUUACACUUGAAUAGGUCUGUCACGAUAACAAAUUUUGUUGGACGAUAAUUGUGCAAAUCAUUGUUGAUAAUCGAUAUUAUUGACAGCUUUUUUUGAGACAAUUUUUUCAUUGAUUAUAUGGCAUAAAAAUGUGAGUAGGAUGGGCAGCAUAGAUGGAUGGAUGGAUGGAGUAAUUUGAGUACAUCAUAUCAAAAGCAAUAAAAUGUAAUUUCUCAAGAGUAAAAUUCAUAUAAAAGCCAAUAAAAUAUAAAAUUUGGUGUGCAAAAUAAUUUCGGGGUGUGACUAAUCAUUUGACGUGGUUAUAUAUCAGUUGAUGGUUUGAUUUAGAAUAUAUUGCUUUUUUAAUUGUUAACAAACUCUCUUCAACACAAUUAUGAUUGAUUGACAGUCCCAAGUAUAAAAAAACAGCGAUUAGAGCGACACUUUCCGUGCGAGCUACCCACACCAUGAGAGAACAGGCCAGGCACAGUGAGGGGGAGCUACCGCUGUUGCUACGGAGCCGAAUAUUUAACUGCCAGUGUGAAAUUAACAGCGAUGGAGACGGAUAGCCAAUGUCCAACGUGAAACUAACUUCACCACGGUGCAGAGUGAACCCUCAUCCAGCCUGUGCGGUAAUGAGAGAGGAGAGAGAGGAAAACAAACAUGCAUCCAUAUGUCAAUUUAUCGAGGCCGGCAAAAUUAUCGUUUUUGUUUUUUUUUUUUAAACGUUCAAUUUAUCGAUUUAUCGAUUUAUCGAUUAUCGUGACAGGCCUACACUUCAACAUUGUUGAACAUUGGGUAAUUGUUAACAUUCAUCAACUAUUGCAUACUUAACCAUGUGCGUAAAUGUGUUUUCCUGGGUUUUAAUCUUCUUCCUCAUGGACAUAUCGCCUCUGAACCACCGCUACUGCGAUUAGACCGCCUCAUGUAUACCUACGCCUACCAGUUAACGGAGGGCAGCUUAAAAAAAAAGACAAAAAGGCUUCGCUUUUUCAGUAACAUACCAUUCCUAAUUGCCAUACCAGUGUAAAAAGAAAGAAACAAGUUACCAUAGCAUAGCUAUUUGACAAUACAGUCACAUUUUAACAGCAACAUCAUGCAAGGUUAACCUAUUUGCUGAAGAAAAUAGGCUUAAUUUUAAGGUGUGUAGCGAAGCCUUUUAAAAAAAAUGUACUUUUAAAUACAGUAGUUAUCCUCUGUGAAGUGAUGGACAGACAGCAUAUGUAACAGGUGCCAGCCACGUUGGUAAAACUCACUCACUGACAUCUUAACUGUUGUGCUGGACAUUGAGUUGACAGCUCGGACUUUUAGCUCGACGGUUCAACAUUUUGACAUUGUACUGUUAAACCUUGCGCUGAUUGUUGAAAUGUUCAAGAAAAUAAAUCUGUUUUUGGAUGCUCUUACUUGUGCCUUUUUUU